AUGAGCUCCAUCCGCUUUGUCGUGUCCUCUCUGGAUGCUAUCCAGAAACAUGCUGGCACCCGCAACAAGCCCCUGACCGACGGCGUCGAAAAGGCCCAGGCUGCCCUCACAGAAGCAGACCCCCACCUGCCAGACCCCGAGAUCAUCUUCGCGCCUCUGCAACUGGCCUCACGGUCCGGCAACGCCCAGCUGACAACCACCGCCCUCGACUGCAUCGGCAAACUAAUUUCAUCCUCCUACUUCUCCCUCACAUCCGAGUCUCCUGCCGAGCCACCAGCCGCCCCAGAUGCCGCGGCACCUGCACCUCCCCCUUCCCAACCACAAGCGCCGCUCAUCGAGCGGGCCAUCGACACAAUAUGCGACUGCUUCCAGGGCGAGGCCACUCCUGCCGAGGUCCAGCUGCAGAUCAUCAAGUCCCUGCUCGCCGCCGUCCUGAACGAUAAGAUCGUGGUCCACGGCGCAGGCUUGCUCAAGGCUGUGCGCCAGGUAUACAACGUCUUCCUGCUGUCCAGAAACACCAACAACCAGCAGAUAGCCCAGGGGACCUUGGCGCAGAUGGUCGGCACCGUCUUCGAGAGAGUCAAGACGCGGUUACACAUGAAGGAGGCCAGGGUGAACCUGGCAAAGCUCAAGAACGGCGAGAGCAAUGCCACCUUUGACCGGCGGGACUCGGUGGAUAGUGACGAGGCCAACGGCGAGGACGGCGAACCUGCCGAGACUGCAACCACCGAGCCUUCCGCGGCCGAGCAGACGGCUGAGGGGGGACCAAAGCUUACACUGAGGGACCUGGAACACCGGAAGAGCUUCGAUGAUUCCAACAUGGGCGACGGGCCGACCAUGGUGACCAAGCUGAAAGGGCCGAGGAAGGCUUCGAGGUCCGUGUCGGAGCAGAGCAAUGCCGAGACAACUGCGACAGACCGCGACCAGGACGAUGUCCAGGAGUCUCUCGACACCGAGGACGAGAUCUACGUCAGAGACGCCUACCUCGUCUUCCGCUCAUUCUGCAACCUGUCCACCAAGAACCUGCCGCCCGAGAUGCUAUAUGACUUGCGCGGCCAGCCUAUGCGGUCCAAGCUGAUCUCCCUCCAUCUCAUACACACACUCCUGAACAACCACAUCUCCGUCUUCACAUCACCCUUAUGUACCAUCACGAGCACCAAAAGUAACGAGCCCACGAGUUUCCUCCAAGCGAUAAAAUUCUACCUAUGUCUUAGUAUCUCCCGCAACGGGGCCAGUUCUGUCGACCGGGUAUUUGAGGUCUGCUGCGACAUCUUCUGGCUCAUGCUGAAGUUCAUGAGAGCUCCAUUCAAGAAAGAAAUAGAGGUCUUCCUCAACGAGAUCUAUCUUGCGCUGCUGUCCAGGAAAAACGCGUCCCCCACACAGAAGCUGCAAGUCAUCACGAUCCUUCAGAGAUUUUGUGGCGACCCUCGCGCCUUGGUGGAGUCUUACUUGAAUUAUGACUGUGACAGCCAGAUGAACAACAUCUUCCAAACAAUCGUGGAGGACCUGGCCAAGUAUUCCACAGCCAACGUCAUAGUGAAGCCGGAGCACGAGCAGCAGUAUGAGGAAAAGGCUGCCAAGACCAAUCCGGGCGACUGGCAGAUGAAGGGCAUGCUCCCGCCCUCGCUGUCGGUAGCAAAUAUCGUCCCGCCCGAAGAGCCCGAAAAUGGGAUUCCAAAGGAAUACAUGAUGAAGCGUGCCGCUCUCGACGCUCUCGUCGAGUCUCUACGGUCCAUGGUCAACUGGUCACAACCCGACCAGUCAAAUGGGACGAGCGAGUCGUCCGACGCUGAGAAGAGGCAAUCUCUUGAUGGUGUGAGGGAGUCAAUUGACCCUUCUAUCGCAGACGGCACGUCGAGGAUGGAGACACCCAUCAUGCCGUCAACGCCCACUAUCGAAGAUGAUCCUGAGCAGCUGGAGAGGGAGAAGGCGCGCAAGACUGCGCUCGACAGAGCCAUUCGAGCCUUCAAUUUCAAGCCUAAGAGAGGUAUCAAAAUGUUGCUUGAUGGAGGCUUUAUACCUAGCGACAGCCCACAGGACCUGGCGCGUUUUCUCCUGACCGAGGAACGAUUGGACAAGGCACAGAUAGGGGAGUACCUGGGAGAAGGCGACGCGAAGAACAUCGAAGUCAUGCACGCAUUUGUCGACUCGAUGGAUUUUCACAAGAGGCGUUUUGUAGACGCACUGCGCCAGUUCCUGCAGUCAUUUCGACUGCCCGGCGAGGCCCAGAAGAUCGACAGAUUCAUGCUGCAGUUCGCGUCGCGCUACCUCGCAGGCAACCCCAACGCAUUUGCCAGCUCCGACACAGCAUAUGUGCUCGCGUACUCGGUCAUCAUGCUGAACACGGAUCUGCAUAGCAGCAAAAUCGCGAGGCGCAUGACCAAAGAAGACUUCAUCAAGAACAACAGAGGUAUCAACGACAAUGCCGAUCUUCCCCCGGAGUAUCUAACCAGCAUCUACGAUGAGAUCGCCAGCAACGAGAUUGUCUUGAAGAGCGAGAGAGAAGCUGCUGCUGCGGCUGGGGCGAUCGCGCCCCAGACCAGUGGCCUUGGUCUCGGUCUCGGUUCGGUAUUUUCAAACGUCGGCCGGGACUUGCGAAGGGAAGCGUACGUGCAGCAGUCCGAGGAGAUUGCUCUCAGGUCAGAGCAGCUUUUCAAAGAUCUUUUCCGCAACCAACGGAGGAACGCCGCCAACGCCGGGGUCAAAUUUAUCCCAGCGACAUCAUUCAAGCAUGUCGGCCCCAUGUUUGAUGUCACGUGGAUGUCUUACUUCUCGGCGCUGUCAAAUGAAAUGCAGAAUGCUCACAAUCUUGAAGUGGUCAAGCUGUGCCUUGAAGGGAUGAAGCUUGCGGCCCGGAUCGCCUGCUUCUUCGAAUGGGCAACCCCGCGCGAGGCUUUCAUUUCGGUAUUGAAGAAUACGGCAAAUCUCAACAACCCACAAGAGGUGUUGGCCAAGAAUGUGGAAGCGCUCAAAGUGUUACUGGAUCUUGGUCAGACCGAGGGAAAUUAUCUGAAGGAGUCCUGGAAAGAUAUCCUCAUGUGCAUCAGUCAGCUAGACCGCCUGCAGCUCAUCACUGGCGGUGUUGACGAGAGUUCGGUGCCAGACGUGUCUAAAGCACGCUUCGUGCCGCUGCAGCGGGAGAACACAACUGAUUCACGGCGGUCCUCAUCGUCCAGGAAACACCGCCCACGCAACAACACAGGCCCACAAGGGUUCUCGACAGUGCUUGCUCUGGAGGCCAGGUCAGAUGAGAUAAUCAAGACGGUAGACCGAAUAUUUACCAACACCGCGAAUCUUGACGGCGACGCAAUCGUCCAAUUUGCGCGGGCUCUUACUGAAGUGAGCUGGGACGAGAUCAAGGUCUCCGGUGCACAUGACAGGCCUCGCAUGUACAGCUUGCAGAAGAUCGUCGAGAUCAGUUACUACAACAUGACACGUGUGAGGUUUGAGUGGACUCACAUUUGGGAUGUUCUUGGCGAGCACUUCAACAAGGCUGGGUGCCACAUCAAUGAAACCGUUGUCAUCUUCUCCAUCGACUCGCUGCGGCAGUUGUCAAUGAGGUUCAUGGAAAUCGACGAGCUUCCUGGCUUCAAAUUUCAAAAGGACUUUCUGAAGCCUUUCGAACACGUCAUGUCAAACUCCAGUAAUCUCAGGGUGAAAGAGCUGGUCCUCAGCUGUCUGAUUCAAAUGAUUCAGGCGAGGGGCGAGAAUAUCCGGUCUGGUUGGAGGACCAUGUUCGGGAUAUUCACCGUCGCAGCUCGGGAUCCGAACGAGACAAUCGUCAACAUGGCCUACGAAAACGUCCUCAAGGUGUACAAGACCCGGUUUGGCGUCGUAAUCAACCAGGGCGCAUUCACAGAUCUUAUCGUCUGUCUCACAGAGUUCUCAAAGAACAUGAAAUACCAAAAGAAAAGCCUGCAAGCAAUGGAGACACUCAAGUCAAUCAUCCCGCAGAUGCUCAAAACGCCGGAGUGCCCACUGUCCCGGAAAUCUGACCUCGGUGCGGCCCAGUCGAGCAUGGCAGACAUCAACCUCAAGUCACCAGGACAACAAACCCGCACAUCGGUGGAAGAAGGGUUCUGGUUCCCCGUCUUGUUCGCCUUUCAUGAUGUCCUCAUGACAGGAGAGGACCUUGAGGUCCGGUCAAACGCCCUGAACUAUUUCUUCGAGGCCCUACUGAGAUAUGGCGGGGACUUCCCCCCAGAGUUCUGGGAUAUCCUGUGGCGACAACAGCUGUAUCCAAUCUUCAUCGUGCUACGGUCCAAGCCGGAGAUGAGCAACGCGCUGAACCACGAGGAACUUUCAGUGUGGCUGUCGACUACCAUGAUCCAGGCUCUUCGUCAUAUGAUCACGCUCUUCACUCACUACUUUGAGGCGCUUGAGUACAUGCUCGACCGAUUUCUGGAGCUUCUGGCGCUUUGCAUCUGCCAGGAGAAUGAUACGAUCGCAAGGAUAGGGAGUAACUGCCUGCAGCAACUCAUCCUGCAGAACGUCAGAAAAUUCACUGUGGACCACUGGUCAAAGAUCGUCGGCGCAUUCUGUGAGCUGUUCGAGCGGACCACUGCUUACCAGCUUUUCUCGGCUACGACGAUCAACAACACGGCCUCAUUGGCGCCGGUGUCCAACGGCGUGGAUUUUGGGGAGCCGCUGAGCCCUGGCUUGGAAGGGACAGACGACGACGCCAAAUCUCUGAAGAUCAAUGGCGUGGAGACCAACGGCCACUCGGACGAUGACCGGCCUUCGACAGCAGCUAGCACCACUGCAGAGGAAGACCCUCAGAGGACCCCGACGACAACCAAGCCGCUCGAGGAAUUCAAGCCCUCGAGCAACCUACAGAUGCCUCCGCCACAGAUUUCUGCCGCCCGGCGCCGAUUCUUCAACCGCAUCAUCAGCCGGUGCGUCUUGCAGCUUCUCAUGAUCGAGACAGUCAACGAGCUGUUCAGCAACGACAACGUCUAUGCGCAGAUCCCCUCCAACGAGCUCCUGCGACUGAUGGCCGUGCUCAAGAAAUCGUUCCUAUUCGCGCAGCGAUUCAACAACGACAAGGAGCUGCGGAUGCGUCUCUGGAGGGAAGGUUUCAUGAAGCAGCCUCCCAACCUGCUGAAGCAGGAGUCUGGAUCCGCUGCGACGUAUGUUGCGAUACUGUUCCGCAUGUUCGGUGACACGGACCCGCGUAGGAGCGAGUCCAAGGCCGACGUUGAAAACGCGCUGGUACCUCUGUGCAAGAGUAUCAUUCGCAGCUACGUCACGCUCGAGGAGGAGAGCCAGCACCGGAACAUCGUGGCCUGGAGACCUGUAGUGGUGGACGUAUUGGAAGGUUAUGCGGCGUUCCCGGAACCAUCCUUCAAGAGCCACGUGCAGUCUUUCUACGGACUGGUGGUCGAGCUCAUGGCAAGCAAGGAAAUGACGGGGGAGCUGAGGGGCGCUAUUCUUGGCGUGCUGAGGCGGGUGGGCGAGGUUGAACUAGGGAUUAAAGGGAUGGUCAACGCCGCUGCUGGUGAGGAUGAUCUAAGGAGGGGCAGUGUGGUGUCAACAAGGAGCGAUGCGACAAGCGCGCUUGUUGACCGUGAGGGAAUCGAUGCUAGCGCUAGGAUGUUUGGGAGGGCGUGA